AUGUAUGGUGCUCCUAUGGGCAGUCAUGGCGCUUAUCCUGCGGGCGUGAUGGGCGGACGUCCUGGCGGUCCCCCCGGCACCAUGGUGCACCAGCAGACCACCACCGUGGUCACCAACGUCGGCCCGCCUCCCUCCAGCUUCAACAACAACUGGUUCUCGUCGUACUACAACCAGAUCCAGCAGCAGGAGAUGUACGAGAUCCAGGCCUGGUUCCGCUCGGUGGACAGGGACGGCUCUGGCUCGAUCACCGCCAACGAGAUCGCCGGCAUCACCUUCAACGGCGUGCCUCUGGGUCUGGACGUGGCCACCAAGCUGGUCCGCGUGUUCGAUCGCGACGGCAACAGGAGCAUUGACUUCUACGAGUAUGCGGCGAUGCACAAGUUCCUUGCCUCCCUGCAGGCGGCGUUCUUUGCUGCUGACAGGGAUCGCAGCGGUACCAUCGAUGCCAGGGAGAUUCACAACGCCCUCGCCGCCGCCGGCUUCCAGGUUUCCCUGCCUGUCGUACAGACCUUCAUGAUGGUCCACAACAAGACGGGCUAUGGUGUCAACUUCCACCAGUUCCUCCUCAUCUGCGCCACCAUCGCCCAGGGCCGUUCGCUGUUCCAGUGGCGCGACCCCCAGCGGUCGGGCCGCAUCACCGUCACCCUCGACCAGCUGUUGGAGCUGGUCGCACAAAUGUCGUAG